AUGUAUGACAAACAGGAACAGUGGGCCACCACCAUGUAUGACAAACAGGAACAGUGGGCCACCACCAUGUAUGACAAACUGGAGCAGUGGGCCACCACCAUGUAUGAGAAACAGGAGCAGUGGGCCACCACCUUGUAUGACAAACUGGAGCAGUGGGCCACCGCCAUGUAUGACAAACUGGAGCAGUGGGCCACCACCAUGUAUGAGAAACAGGAGCAGUGGGCCACCACCUUGUAUGACAAACUGGAGCAGUGGGCCACCGCCAUGUAUGACAAACUGGAGCAGUGGGCCACCACCAUGUAUGACAAACUGGAGCAGUGGGCCACCACCAUGUAUGAGAAACAGGAGCAGUGGGCCACCACCUUGUAUGACAAACUGGAGCAGUGGGCCACCGCCAUGUAUGACAAACUGGAGCCAUGGGCCACCACCAUGUAUGACAAACUGGAGCCAUGGGCCACCACCAUGUAUGAGAAACUGGAGCAGUGGGCCACCACCAUGUAUGACAAACUGGAGCCAUGGGCCACCACCAUGUAUGACAAACUGGAGCCAUGGGCCACCACCAUGUAUGAGAAACUGGAGCAACUUAUCUAA